UGAUGAAAAGUGAAAGGUGAUGCGCGACAAAAACAUCAAAUUUUCUUUGUGUGCGAGUAACGCGUGAAACGUCACGGCCGUGAUCAUUGCCGCACAGAGACAACUUAUUGUUUACUUUUAUCGACAGACAAAAAUGAGGACGUCUGCAGGAUUGUAUUCAGGAAUGUGAGAGCAAACGCGUGUGUAAACAACUCUGGUGAAGUUUGCAGACGUCUGGCGUCUGCUCCGUGAGAAGAGGAGCCACGAAAACAUUCGGAUGAAUGUGGGGGGGGGAAUGGAUGUUUGAGGACCCUUUGAAGAGGCCUUUGAAAAGAGCUCUGGCCCACUCUGUGACGCAGAUGUAAACAAGAGCUCUGGCCCACUCUGUGAUGUAGAUGUAAACACACAGCCAUAAAGCAGACUUUGUCCACAUUUAAAGGAAGACAAAAUGGACUCUCACAUUUCAAGUAACAAUCCACAAGAUGCCCCCAUGAUUCGAAGCGGCAGCUUCUUUAAGCUGAUUGAUGCAUUUGCGCUGGAGAUUGGGGAGUUAAAGAAGGAGAUGGUUCACACCUCUCCCACAGUGGACCAGGAGCCUGCGGACACACAAGGGCUAGAGAGCGAGGUGAGUGGCGAGGUUAAUGGCAUUUACCUGGAACCCCCUCAACUCGGCAGUGUGAGGUGUGAGAGGGAUUAUGGAUAUGACUCAUUACGGAGGAGGAUGAGCGUCCUUGACAGACUGACUCAAACACACACUGCAUGGCUGCUGCUGUCAGUCAGUGAAGAGGAAGCCAAACACAUCCUCCUUAAACAGCCGCCAGGGGUUUUCUUGGUAAGGAAGUCAGUCACUCUCCAGAGGAAGGUCCUCUCUGUGCGUCUGAAAGAGGAUGGGGCAGGAAGCGCCAUCAGCCACUUUCCUGUCAGAGAAAGCCACUAUACGUUUUCUCUCGAUGAAUCUGGAAUCAGCUUUGCAGAUCUUUUUCGUCUCGUGGCUUUCUACUGUAUAAGCAGGGAUAUCUUGCCCAUCCCUCUCAAACUCCCAGAAGCCAUUGCAUCUGCCAAGACACAAAAAGAUCUGGAAGAGGUGGCUCAACUUGGACCAGGCUUUUGGGACUCUGCCCUGUGCAGCCAGCGUCCGGCCUCCCACCUUCCUAGUCGACCCUCUAGCCGAACUCUCAGCCCCCAACGGACAAGCAGGACCACUGAGGAAGAAGGGUCGGAGCGUCAUCAUACUGGGCCCCACUGUGACAGCGCACCACCGACAUUACGUCACCGGGCUUCUUCCCCUCGAAGGGAAAAAAGGCAUUCCAGUGCUACUCUCUGCUUUGUCAACCCACUGUUUUUCCAAACUCGGCAGCACCAUCACUGUGAGGUCAAUCUAUCUUUGCACGACACUAUAAAUGUGUCAAUGAAAUCCACAAGCGGCGGCACCCAAGAGAGCGAGCGGCACCAAGAAGAGAUAAAAGUGGAUCGCAAAUCCCACCCCCCUCCACGACCACCCCCACCUCGCUUGAUGCUUCGCAGGCGACCGGCCCCACCUCCACCUGGAACUCCAGCACUUACUACCAGACCCAAAAGCAUGCCAGUGGCCAUUCCUGUGGCCCCAAAGCAGCAGCGGGCCCCCACCAGGCGCCCAGCUCCGCCUCCACCGACAAUGGGUGCUAAACACAGCACCCCACUCAAAGGUUCAGGGAGAUCACCAAUCCAUGUGCCUUCAAAUCCACCACCUCCAAGACCCAAUAAGCCACUUAUGCCCCAACACUGCCACAUUGCCCUUGAUGAUGAGACCAUUGCCCAAGCUAUAUCUCGAGUCAAGCCACCUGCUUGCGUUCCGGAUGAUAUUCCGAUCGAGAACAGUAGUGUGAGUCCAUCGAUCCAAAACGAGAGAGGACUUCAACGACUCAGUGACAUGAGCAUGUCGACUUCUUCUACUGAGUCAUUGGAAUAUUCACAAUCUCCCGGGUUCUCUCUGGGCAUGGGUUCCACCCAGUCAUGCCACCUUAACCAUCAAGACACAGUAGAGGACACAAGUGAGGACGAUGAUGAAGAUGAUGACGAUGAUGGUGAAGAGGAAGUAGAGGAGGACUAUGGGGUGGGCCUCGAGGCUGACUUGGAAAUGCGUCUCCGUCAGUCCUUCAAAGCGAGGAGGCGCAGGGUGGGUGUGAGUCUAAGCGGGGGAUCAUUUAUUCUUCCCCAGGCCUUGAAGGGACGCUUACGCAAGGUCAGCGGUAUGCUCACCUCCUUGAUGACGCCAGAAAGACGGGCAGUGAAAAAGAUUGCUGAGCUGUCCAGGAAUAAAAGUUCAUAUUUUGGCUCCCUGGUCCAGGACUAUAUUAGCUUUGUUCAGGAGAAUCGGGGUUGCCACACUUCAGGGGAGGAUUUUCUGCAGACACUCAGGCAGUUCAUGACGCAGAUGAAAGCUUACUUGUGCCAAAGUUCGGAGCUGGACCCUCCAAUAGAGUCGCUCAUUCCUGAAGAUGUGAUUGAACAGGUGUUGGAAAAGGCCAUGCACAAGUGUGUGCUGAAGCCUCUGAAGACUUUCAUCGACGUGGCCUUACAUGACUUUCAGGUGAACAGUGGAGAUUGGCAGCAGAUGAAAGACAAUUUAGCCUUGGCUAAAUCCAAGAGGCCUGAGGAGCUGGGAGUGGACGGUGCGGUACCACCUGACGCUAUGGCCAUUGAGAAGAUUCGACACAAGUUCCUCAGCAUGAGGAAGAUGUACUCACCUGAGAAAAAGGUGUCACUGCUGUUACGUGUAUGCAAGCUCAUCUACACCAUCAUGCAGGACAACUCAGGGAGGAUGUACGGCGCUGAUGACUUCCUGCCCAUGUUGACGUAUGUGGUUGCACAAUGUGACUUGCCUCAGCUGGACAUGGACAUUCAGUACAUGAUGGAGCUGCUGGAUCCAGCUCUUCUUCAAGGAGAAGGAGGUUACUACUUGACAAGUGCCUAUGGGGCUAUGGCCCUCAUCAAGAAUUUUCAAGAGGAGCAAGCAGCACGGGUGCUGAGCUCUGAGGCCAGAAACACUUUACAUCAGUGGCACCGCCGUCGCACUGCUCAGCGUUCAGCACCCACCGUGGAUGACUUUCAGAACUAUCUACGUUUAGCCCUGCAAGAUGUGGAUACGGGCUGCACAGCUAAAACCUUAAUCGUCCAGUCAUACACCACGACAGAAGAGGUCUGCUCACUUUGUGCUGACAAAUUUAAGGUUUCCGAGCCUGACAACUACGCCCUCUUUCUGCUCACUGAGGACACCUGUCAGCAACUGGCCCCUGACACACACCCUCAACAAAUCAAAGCUGAGCUUCACAGCCGACCCCGAGCAAAGACCUUUAAUUUUGUCUACAGACGGGUGCCGAAUCUAAACCUUAAUAUACCAACUUAGUGCCUUCUUUAUUAAUGUUCAAGCUGAGCAGUGAGGGAACAUUCCCCAAGUGGCAGCACUUGAAUUGAAACAGUUACUAAUAUUCAUGUAGUGUUCUAGUGCUUAAACAAUCUUGACUGAUGAAGAAUUUUAAUAGAAAUGUGGGAAGUUGGACUCUGGGAAAGUGUUACGUGAGUCAUAGUGCGCCCUUAAAAAUGUAUUAUGGUAAUACUAAUUGUUUGUGGCAUCGGCAGAGUCAAAGAGCAAAUGAUAGGUCAUGCAAAGUGUUGAUUUAUUGAUUUGGAAAUUACAGUGGUACCUCUACUUAUGAACUUAAAUGAUUCCCCGGUCCGGUUUGUAAAUAGAAAUAUUUGUUAGUAGAAGCAACUUUUCCCAUAGGAAUUAAUGUACAGUCUAGAUGAUCUCUUGGAGGGCUUCCUUCUGCUGAUCGUCGAAAUUGUUGACACGUUUUUAUGGCCAUAUUGUUUCGCAAAGAUCACACACGCUCAUGUUUUCUUAUAUCUUGUUUUAAUUGUAAGGACAUCAUCACCUUUUUAAUAAUGCGUGCCAGACUAUACCAAAAAUGAAACUUUUUUGCCCUAUUUUUCAAUGUAAAACAUCCACAAAACCAAAACAACAGUUUUAUUUUUGCUUUUUCAAACUUUUCUAACAAAAUAUGAAUGUCCCUUUUUGACCUCCAAGCUUUGCUUAGGGAGGUUCUACUUUUCUACACUUGCUAAAAAUACCCCCGAGAAGACACAGAAAAAGUCAGGCUACUAAAUUAUUGUGUGCUUCCACUUACUCCUUGCAAUGUGCUCACCGACUCGUCAUUGCUUUUUGGUGCGUCGGUUCACAAGUCAAAAACUGGUUCAUAAGUAGAUGCAAAAAAAAUUUCGUUCGUAAGUAUAGGCGUUCAUAAGUAGCGGUAUCACUGUGGUUUUAGCAUGUGGACGGAAGUUGUUUUUUGUUUUAUUUUUUAAAUAUGUGGACAUGCACACUGCCUGAAAAGCAGCAAUGGCAUAUUAUUAAACAUUUUUUGUAAUAAACGUUUCCAUUAACUGCUGUAUACCCAUUCUGCCUUCAAAAGGACAUUUAAGUUAGUGUAUGCUACUACAAGCAUUUAGAUCAAGUGAUGAGCUGUCUUAAAUGAACAACAUCACAUAGAACAAAGUAUUGUAACUACUAAGGUUUCACUUGUGUUACUUAGCAAUUGCUGGUCAAUUGCGACUUGUAUUACUAUUAUUAUUGUUAUGAACACAUGUUUUGUAUUCAAAUUAUUCUUUUAUAUCUCACUAUUUUUAAGGUGACAAAGAUUUGUGUUGUCAGUUAUCAGUUCUGCAAUGGGCAUGAUGCAGAGUGAUCAUGAGUCGCCGAUUGUUCUCAAAAUGGAUUCUAAAAGCAUGAAAAUUGAGUAUUGAGUAAAUGUAAAUUCUACAAAUAUUUGAAAUCUGAUAUUUUGAGGUUUAUUCCACUGAGCACACUCAUGAUACAGUAUAGUGGCAGAAAUUGGAUGUGUAGGUUGAGGAAGUCACCACCAAUUUUUUUUUUAAGUGAUGUUGUAUGUGCUCCCACUUGUGCAACACGGCAUUCUGAUUAAUAGUAUGUUUGUGGAAUAUACAGUUGUCAGGUCUCAGUUCACUACAGAAAACUGGUCAGCCGUAAUUGGUUGUUACGUGAGACCUAGCAACUGUGAUUUGUUUCAGUCAACAGUAAGUGACAAAAUGGCCGCCAUCUGAGAUCGAUUAUAAACAGAUAGAUUUUGCCUGUUUAAAUCAUAUCCCUCAAAAAAACAUGAAUCAAAACACUGUUCCGACCAGUUGAGCUGCACAGAACAUUUACUAAAGAAAUUUGGGGGUUGACUUACUGUUUAAGGGUCUUUGUGUAUAUAAAAUGUUGUCUUUCUGAGUAUGUUUUGGUCCAAGUAUUACAAUUAAGCAACUUUGUCAUGUCUGUAUGCAAUCUACCAUCUGUUCAGGGAUGUCCAACCUUGGUCCUGGAGGGCCACUGUCCUGCCUGUUUCCAUGUCUGAAUGUCUCUGGAAAAUAAAUGUAAGCCACUCAAAAUUACCACGAUGCACUUGGAAAAGUAGUGACCAUCAACGUUAACUCAAAAGUUGAAUAUAGACCACAAUGCAUUCCGAGCAGGGAAAUGUGGCGCAAGCACAAAUCUGUUGUGUAACAGUUACUUUAUAUCACAGAAAUAAUUAUUUGUUUUGAUUCAAUUGAAAGUAUGAAAGACAAAGGAAAGGAAAUAAAUACUUUUCAUUCACAAA